GGCAGCACCUUGGUGAGGGAGUGAGCGAGCGGAGGAGCACUGAGCUGGAGCCCGGGCUGAGGGAGCGAUCAGGCGGGGAGCAGAGGAUAGCGGUUCCCAGGUCACCGGGGAUACGGUAAUGACCCACGGCGCCUUCUCGAGGUUUGACCCAGCGGACAAACGAGUGGAGACCGGGUCAGAGAGGAUCUAGGGUUGACUGCAGACAGAGCUGGGGACAACCGGGGGAUCAUGGCUCAUUCUCAGGUCCAGUGUCUGGACGACCACCACGUCAACUGGCGGGUGAGUGAGAGCAAGCCGGAGUUCUUCUACAGCGAGGACCAGCGGCUGGCCGUGGAGGCGCUGGUCACCAAGGGCCGGGACGCCUACAUCGAGGUCCUCCACCCGAGGGGAGUGCGGGACUUCCUCUCGGAGCCGGAGCUGGAGCGGAUCGAGCGCAUGACGGAGGCUUACCGGCCCGGGCACGAGCACCAUCAGAGACCAGACACCCCCGGCCUGGGGAACAUCACCCCGGGCUCGGGGGAGGAGGCGGGGGACGGGGAGGUGUCGCUCCAGUACUGGCCGGACCGGUCCGAGGGCUCCGUGGUGGAGCUGGACCUGGGCUGGCCCGAGGCCAUCUCCUACCGGGGGGUGACGCGGGUCACCGUGUACACGCAACCUCCAACCGACGGACACACGCACAUUAAGGAGGUGGUGAGGAAGUGCAUCGCGGGAGCUCAGAAGGUAAUAGCCGUGGUAAUGGAUGUGUUUACAGACGUGGAUAUCUUUCGCGACCUGCUUGAUGCUGCAUAUAAACGCAAAGUUCCUGUGUACAUCAUCAUCGACACGGCUGCAGUCCCCUGCUUUCUUUCCAUGUGUGGCAGAGCUGAUAUGCACCGUGGACAUCUAAAGAAUCUGCGUGUGCGCUGCUGCGGAGGCGUGGAGUUCUUCACCCGGUCGGCACAGAAGGUACGUGGGUCGCUGAGCCAGAAGUUUCUCCUGGUGGAUGUAGACCGAGCCAUCUCUGGUUCAUACAGCUUCACCUGGUCGUCCUCUCGUCUGGACCGUAACCUCAUCACCGUGAUCACGGGACAGGCGGUGGAGACGUUGGACCUACAGUUUCAGGACCUUUACCUCGUGUCCAGAGGCGUGUCUCUCAGCAAGGUUCCCAUGGUGGACGAACCCAUCCCAGACCCGCUGCCCCAGGUGGCUCCUGCUCCUGUGUCAGCUGCUAUUGCAAGGAAACUCAUCAAUCCCAAAUACGCCCUAGUUACCACAGGAGCCAACAGUCCAGCCCCCUCGGACAAGAACUCAAACUCUGCAACUCCCACGGGGCUAAAAAUAAAGAAAGUGCGUCUCAAGCAUGUUAUCGAAGAACCGCCAUUACACCCAGGAUUAGCCCAUCUGGAGAAAGCAUACAUGAUCCCAUACCUGCCCACCUGGCCAGAUCCGGACCCGCCGAGCGACGUGAUUGGCUUUAUCAACAUCAGGGAUGAAAAAAGGGCCAAUCAGGUUCAUCUACAGAGGUCGGAGAGGUUUGAUAUAAGCAGGGCUAUACGCUUCAGCGCACCGCUGGCUGUGAAACCCCAGCCUGAGGAGCCUGCUCCAGCUCGGGAGGCAGACGCAGCAGAAAGAACCAACAAGCCCUCUGGGAAUACAAGUCCAGAAGCCUCUACUCCUGUGACAACAACCAGUACGCAAGUCCAAGAGAAAACAAACGCUCCUCCCAACAAAGACCAAACUGAUACAACAGAUUCCAGUGUGGCCCCUCAGCAGCCCCACACACAGGAAACACACAACACAAAAGAACACACUCCCAAAUCAUCACCUGGAGUCCCUGCUGAUUCACAGCCAACAGAUGGCGUUAAACAAACUCCAGAGACACAAGCCGCAGCUCCUCCUGUUCCUAAACGCCGCACCCUGCAGCUGGUCCUGGACCAGUCCCCUACAGAGCAGCCGGGACAACCGCAGGUGACUCUCAUUAAAAUGGACCAACUGGAAAGUCAACAGGACUCUUUGAGCAAAGGGAGAAGCCAGGCGGAGCUGACGGUACGCCGUGGACGCAUGACCUCAAAGAACUUGGAGGGGGACUCCGGCAGCAACGAGUCCGGCAGCCAGGACAGCACCAAGGUCAUCUGUGACCGGGCGACCAACGAUGAUCCUUCAAGUGCUUCCACCGUGUCGGAGGAGGAGUUCUACGAUUCCCCGCAGGAGCCGAUCGACCCGCCGCUGAACGGAGUCUCGACGGGUUCGGGUAACGGACGCCGGCACGGAGACGGGGUCAACAUGAUGGCCCGCCUCUCCCAGAGUAUGCUGGACCUGCGAGAGCCCAGCCAACCGGAGGACAGCGCCGCCCUCAUCCGCCAAUCACAGCAGCUCCGCAGACAAGGUCACCCCUCACCACACAGGCACAUAGGAGAAUUGUUCAGGACAUCUAGAUCUCCAGGGAGAGAUGAACGACUGCGAGGAAACAAAGUCGUCAUCGCCAAACCGGGGAGUUACCAACGCCCGACCCGAGCAACUGGCCCGGUGAUCGGGGGACACCGUUACUGGCACGGUCAAGAGAUGCAACCCAAUUCCACCAGGCUGCACGCAGAGACGCGGUCCAGCCGGUCGCCCCGACGCCACAGCCCGGGUUACAGGAAGACGGACCAAUCCUCGGCUCAGCCGCCGCCGCCCAACCAAUCAGGGCUUCAAGGACUUUCUCUCUCAAAACUGACCAACUUCAGACACUUGAGGGCACGAGGAGGAGGAGGAGGGGCGCAGAAGAAGGCGACUCAAAAUAACAAGGCUGCUACUUAGAGCAGAGGACCUGAGGACACACGGCCGUUUGUUGAUAAAGACUUCCUGCUAAGAAACUGGUGACUGUUCACUGUGGAAUCCUUCCUAUCUCAGGCCUGCAUGUCCCUUCCUGUUUUAAACCCUGAGGCUCAGCUUGCAACAACUAUUUAAUAGUGAAUAUUGACUGUUAAGAUUUAUGAAUCUGAUACGAUGAUGUGUUGUUAAGAGUUUUCGUCUGUAAAUUAAUUACUUGUCCUUCCGAACUAUUUUCUUCCUGGUUAAAGGUUUUCAGACCGGAUGCUUUCAGUGGCGUCCGGCUGAUAAAGUGUUUCAGAAGAUGUUGCUGAUCUGAGAGGAAAUGAACUUUCCAAACAAAUGCAUAGCACUCUAUUUUACCAUGCAUCUCUCAAAAUGUAGUAGUCAAUUAAUUUAGUUAUCUUGUUUCCAAGGCCCUGUUCAUACCUGGAGUUAAGGUCUCACUGCCCUGCCCUAUGUGCAAAUAACCAGUCAUUUGUAUUUGUUUAGACCAAAUUAUGUUGUUUUUGCCCAGUCUGAGUUUAGAGAUGUGUCCAAUGUCAGUGUGUUUGUGUGUCGACACAGUCCACAUUGUGAUGUUGGGAUCAGAGUUGAUAUUGUGACAUCAGCUGAUUCUGUGUUUCUUCACAAGUGACACAUUUCCGUUCAAGCUGUGGAAAUAAUGUGUCGCAGAGCAGCUCCCAAUAUGAUCUGAGGCCUCCAGGCUGGAACUGAGAUCCCAUCUUUCAGGACAGAUGUUAACAACCAGGUCUGAACAGAGUCUAAGAUUUAAUAGAAGCAUAUUUUGUAGAUGAUAAACAGCAUCAUUCUAGAUCUGGUCAGCUUCUUCUCUACCAAACACGGCACUUCAGCCUUUGAAUGAGCGCUUCCACUUUAAAUCUGCUUAUUUCCCUUUUCAGAAUUUCACGCUGCAAAAUGUUUCCAUAUCGACCACACACAGACACACACACACAGGGAUCUGACAAUCAGCUGAUGUUUUCCCACUGAUAUGAGCUCCAGGCUCUGGGUGCUGGUUCCACUGUGGUUACUGAGGGUGUGAGGGUGAAGCUACUGGGUUGCUUGCUUUACGUGUGAGCCAGGUGUUGAUGUGAGGACCAGGUGUAUUCGAUGUUUAACACUGAUGUGGGACGAGAAGUGAAUGUUGUAAAUAAAAAGUCAGACUGUU